AUGAAGCGCUUUGGCAAAGGACUACUCGCGCGAGGCAAGGAUGCCAGCAAAUCCUCCAAGAAGAAUAAGGAUUCCAAGGAUGGCACGUCGUCCCCUUCGUCCCGAGACUCGUCGAACCAGUCUCCUGUCCUGACGCCCACCUCCUCCUCCACCACGCUCAACGACAUCCGCAAUAAGCCUUUACCAUCCAACACCACCGGACACGGCGACCAUGGAGGUCCAAACCAGCCGUCAAAUCCAGGCCAGCAGGGCAAUGUUCCCGAUCGAUUUGGCCCCAUGGGUGGUGCUUCGAGCCCAAACGGUGGCAAUGCCAAUGCCAGAUUACCCCCCACCGUUGUCAUAAGCCCAACCCCAGGAGUAAGUAGACUUAUUCUUGUGCCUCGCGGGGCAAUUGAUGGUACUCUGAUGUUGACGCCUCGGCAGCAUAUCCCGCCCCCUGGAGCCGCCGAAACUAUGCCUCACGACCUGGCACCCCCCAAGGCGGGUCAGAAGUCACUCAUGAUCCAUCGAGGCAUUGACAACCGCGACGCCAUUCCCGAAGGUCUGCGAACUCCCAAACGACAGCACUCGUCUCGAUUCGACAUCUCCGCUCACCGGGAACUGGAAAAACUACCGGGCUUCCACGAAGUUCCUCCUAACAGGAGACAAGAGCUUUUUAUGCAAAAGAUUGACCAAUGCAACGUCAUCUUUGAUUUCAACGAUGCCAGCGGAGACAUGAAAGCCAAGGAGAUCAAGCGCCUGGCAUUACACGAGUUGCUCGACUAUGUUGCCAACAACAGACAAGUUAUCACGGAACCCAUGUAUCCGAGAGUCGUCGACAUGUUUGCCAAGAACUUGUUCCGACCCAUCCCUCCCCCGAUGAACCCACAGGGCGAGGCGUUCGACCCAGAGGAAGACGAGCCCGUCUUGGAGGUCGCUUGGCCGCAUAUUCAGGUAGUCUAUGAGUUCUUCCUUCGCUUUAUAGAGAGCCAAGAUUUCAACACCAACAUUGCCAAAGCCUACAUUGACCAUAGCUUUGUCCUGCAACUUCUCGACUUGUUUGAUUCCGAGGACCCUCGAGAACGAGACUUCCUAAAGACGACCCUUCACCGUAUUUAUGGCAAAUUCCUUAACCUCCGAUCCUUCAUCCGCCGAUCCAUCAACAAUGUCUUUUUCCAAUUUACGUACGAGACGGAGCGCUUCAACGGCAUUGCCGAAUUACUCGAGAUUUUGGGAUCCAUUAUCAAUGGCUUUGCCCUGCCGCUAAAGGAAGAACACAAGAUCUUCCUGACCCGCGUUUUGCUUCCUUUGCACAAGCCCAAGAGCUUGAGCAUGUACCACCCACAGUUGGCCUACUGUAUUGUACAAUUUUUGGAAAAAGAUGCGUCUCUUACUGAAGAUGUCGUUCUUGGCCUACUUCGAUACUGGCCUAAAGUCAAUAGUACCAAAGAAGUCAUGUUCUUGAACGAGGUUGAAGACAUUUUCGAAGUCAUGGACCCAGCCGAAUUCGCCAAGGUCCAGGAACCGCUGUUCCAUCAACUCGCCAAGUCCGUGGCUAGCCCUCACUUCCAGGUCGCAGAACGCGCGCUUUACUUCUGGAACAACGAAUACUUCUGCAAUCUUGUCAGCGACAACGUAGAAAUAAUUUUGCCCAUUAUGUUUGCGCCGCUCUACGAGAAUUCUAAGGGUCACUGGAACAGGACGAUUCACGGAAUGGUUUAUAAUGCUAUGAAGUUAUUUAUGGAAAUCAACCCUCAGCUGUUUGAUGAUUGCUCUCACGACUACACCGAACAGCAAAAUAGUGCAGCCGAGCGAGAGGCACUUCGAGAACGCAAGUGGGCUGCCUUAGCAGAGAAGGCUGAUCAGCGACGAGUAUCUGGCGGCGUUGCUGAUGCCCCUUCACGACCACAAGUUGGCGGGGUAUUGUCAAGGGUGGAUGAAGUAGACCCGGUUACUGAGGAUAACCAAAAGCGGCUUGAUUCACUUAAGCUGCAGGAUGCUGCAGGCAGACGGCCUGGUGGCCAUGAACGACAGAACUCUCAGAGCUCUGCCCGAAGCAGAUGA